CAGGCUGCUUACCGCGCCCUCAGCAUGCAUGCAGGCCCGUGACAGGCCCCUUGAGGAGCCUGUCACGGUGAAGGCAGCUCAGCUGCUGCCCGAGGGUGCAACAUUGCUGCUUUUGACCGGGCUGCUUGGUGCAACGGCUCAGCUGCUUCAGUUGAGCAGCUAGCUUGUUGAGCCUCCCUCGCAGCUCUUGGCAGCCCAGACGCUCAAGUGCUGGCCCCUCCAGGUAUUGAAUGGCUCGCACUCUCUGCUAGGACGAGACCGGCGCAGCAGAGCCACUCUUUUGCAUCCAUCUCGUGGAGAGACCGUUAUGGCGGAUGCUGCUGCUGCUGAGGCUGCUGAGCAUGGGCCUGCCAGCAAAGAAGGAAUUGGAUCAGGGUUGUUUGAAGCCCCGAACGCUGACAGCAGCAGUGGUAAAGCCUGGUAUAUUGAGACCCGGGACGCGUUCGGCUCAAAGCCGGCUGUCUGGGCCGCUGAGAUCGAGGACGAGCUGUCGAGCGUGAGUUUGAACGACGGCGGCUCAGCAGGAACCACUGCGGACCCUUCAGAGGCGCUUAUGACUGGGGUAGGGGAUGGAGGCCUAGGGGAUUUUGCCCAAGUGGGCAUUGUUGCUUGGCAGAUAUUGACAGCCAACCCGCGCUUGGCUCUGCUCCUGAGCCCUCUGGCCUUGGCGGGAUUUGCAGUACAGGCUCUCAUCUCUGGCACUUUUCUGGAGGGCACAAUCUUCUGACACCACUUUGUGCAACACAUAAAUGAUGUGCACUGAAGCUGAAAUAACGUUGAGGAGGCUUUGUAAGAGCUUGUUUGUUG